UCAUUGUACACACUUCCCCUAUAUGAGAACUAUUGAGAACCUUGAUCAACCGGGCACAUUUACAUACAACUGUGCACAUAUAUGUGUUCUUAUGGAUUAGUAAUUAAUGUAUAAUGAUUAAUAAUACAAAAUACAAAACGAAAAAUGACAUCUCGAGAGAUAUUGACCAUUCAAUUUGGCCAUUAUUCUAACUUUAUUGGUACUCACUGGUGGAAUUUGCAGGAAACUAAUUUCUCUUAUGAUCCCGAUCAUGCAUCCGAAAUAAAUCAUAACAUUUUGUAUAGAGAAGGUGAAAAUUUGAAGAAACAAGUUACAUAUACGCCAAGGUUGUUGCUCGUAGAUCUAAAAGGAACAUUUGGAUAUUUGAAAGAAGAAGGCACCUUGUAUGAUGUUCCACAGCAUGAAGGAAUACAACAAUCCUUAUGGAAUGAUAACAAAGUAGAGAUUGUGAAAGAAGAAAUAGUUGACAAAACUCCAUUUAUUAGAAGUUUAGAUGAACCCUCUGAAACAUCAGAAUCAGCAACGACAUCAAUAUCGUUCGAGUUGGAGAAUGAUGUUAACUCGUGGGUGGAUUAUCUGUUACCCAGAUUUCAUCCUAGAACAUUGAACAUGAUCAGGGAAUAUGAACACAAUUCGACAAUAUAUCCUUUCGAUGUUUUCACGUAUGGGAGGAAUUUAUGGAAUACAGAACAAUUUUCUGAUGAUUUUUCGGAAAAGAUAAGAGUAUAUAUCGAAGAAUGCGAUUUGAUGCAGGGUUUCCAGAUAAUUUUGGAUUCUACCGAUGGCUUUGCUGGUCUUGGGGUAUCCUGUAUGCAACAUUUGAGAGACGAAUAUGGGAAAAGUAUAUUGUCGUUUCCAUGUAUAGAUAGUAAAGAGACCGAAUCAUCGUCAUCAAGCAUGAUUAAAAUACUUAAUACGGCUCUGUGCUGGCAAUACACUGGAGAAUACGCUUCGUUGUAUAGUCCGCUCUGUUCCGCGCAAACAGCUUGGUCAAACGUCUGUGAUCCGCGAGUAUUUCAACAUUUAACGUACAAUUCCCAGUUGAAAUAUCAUAGUAGCGCGCUGUUGGCGACAGCUCUGGAUACAUUAACAAUUAGAUACAGGCGUAAAGAAUAUCCGAACGUCGUUUUGUCUGAUUUAUGUGCGGAUUUGAAUAAGCUUGGUCGGAAAGCAGCUGCGACGAGCUUAACGUUACCGUUUCCAAUGACCGAAAAGACUGAUCUGAUAGAUGUACUCGACAACUUCGAGGGACCACUGUGGACAAGCCUAACACUAAAUUGCGAUAUAUCAAUGGACAGAAAUAUGCAAAGCAUUGUGUUGCGCGGAAUACCUGAGGAGAGAUUAAAACGGCCUAUGGCCCACGCGAUGAAACAAAUAUCGAAACCGGCGUACAGAUGUUCCAGUGUACACGAAAUGAUGACACUUUACUUAGCUGCCACUUGUCACGCGUCGGCAACUUAUUUAUCCAGCAUUUCAUCACCCCUGAACAUAAAAUGUCCGUAUCCUAAGAUUUUCAAUAACAAUGUUACCGAAACUGGAGAUGUUAUUGGAUGGCCUAUAGGAACAGAUGUUAAAUCUGUGCCUGUAAUGGCUGGCUUACACAGCGGGAGCAGUCUCGGUGCGAUGUACGAUUCUUUGUACAAUCAAUUGAACAGGAUAAAGAGCAUAAAGAAGUAUCAUAUGUUUACGGACUCCGGCUUGGAGGAAGACGAGUUCAAAGACAGUCUCGAUCAUUUGCUCGAUUGUAAAGAAAAUUACGAAGAUCAUUACAUGUAACUACUGCAUUAUUGUAUUUGAUAGACACUUUUAUAUUUCACAAUAAAUCUUGUACUUAAAACAUAAUUAAAGGUCCUUUAAGUCCUUAA